CAGGUAACAUUAUUCACUCAUGAGUCACUGUUUUUACCUGCCAGUGAAGAACCGGAAGGAUACAGUUUGAGUGGAUUCUACUUACAUUUUUAAGAGAUAAAUAUUCAAAAGAUACUAAUCAAGACGCAUUUGCACCUGUGAUGAGGUGAGUGACCAUGGCGCACCACUAUGAUGGUCUGUCCCACUGUAAGCUGGCCCUGGCGUUUGCCAUAUUGAUGGACCUGCUAGGUGUGUCUGCUCUGCUGGUGGGGGUCUUCGCCCCAUUAGAGAUUAAGGGACAGGACUUUGGGGACCUGCUGGUGUACUCUGGGGUUCUACUGAUGCUCAUGUCCCUGGGAGGAUGGGUCAUGUGGUACAGCGGGAACCUCGAGGGCCUGACCUCCAAGAAGGAGCUAGGGGGAACCAUGGGUGCCAUGGACCGGCUGGCCCGCUCCAUCAGCCGCAGGAUACGACUCCCCAGGAGCCACAGCAGCCCCUCAUGAUGCUUCAUGGUCAGGCGUAGGAGAAGGGUGUGGUUGUAGUGGAGGAUCCUCAGUGUCUCCAUUAGACUAGACUAUUGGCCCCUGACAGUCAAACUGCCUGGGGGUCUGGGAGCAGUAUUGUUGGCAUUGGGGGAGUGCUAUUAAAUGAACCAGGCUAUGGCCCGUGAUGUGAACGGGCAAAAGCGGGGUUGGGAGGAGCGCCCUUCUCAAAUCAAACAGUAAUAUGCGCCGCUCGGUCAUGUCAUCAAGGCAGCCUAUGUUCACAUUUUCAAAGUAGUUUUCAUUAGGAAAGCAGAUAAUGAUUGCUUUUGAUAGAAAGGCUUUUUGGUAUGUGAAAACCCAGAAUCCUACUCAUUACUCUACGCGAUUAACCUAUGUCACUUUUUUAUUGGAGCUGAUGGGGAGGAUGCUCGGUUCCAAAACUAAUGUAAUCAACGCUAACCCGCUUCACCUGGGGCAGGAAUAAGAUA